AACUUACUCCAAAAUUUCCAAAUCCAAAAUAUGUUAGUUUGCACCUAUCAGAAAACAAUAAUUAUAACCCCAUGUUUUUGAAUCAAAGAUAUAAGCAAAUUAAAUUGGAAUAUGUUAGGUGUAGCUGCAAUAAACAUAAACCUUGUGCUAUUUGUAAUGAAAAAUCUACAAAAAUAUCAAUUCCUGACAAUACCGAAUGCAUAUUUUUUAAUCCAUAUAUCAGUAAAAACCUACAAUCAAUUGCUUUGGAUAGUGAGUGGCUCGAUGAGGGUGCUUUGCAAGUUACUGCUAAAAAUCCCGAUUCUUAUGUAAAAAUUAGCAGUGUAUUUACUGGUGUGGAAUAUGACAAAACUCGUGUGGUUUAUAAAUCAAUCAAACCAGAUUGGCAACAAGUGUUUCACAUACCAAUUAAUGAUCUUAAUGAUCAAUUCUUUUUGUUGGAAGUUUAUGAUUCUAAUGCUUUCUCCAAACAUAAACUUUUGAGGUAUUAUGUUCUCGAUAUCAUGGACUUUAUGGAGGUUCGUGAUGGGACCAUUAAAGGAAAGCAUUUAGAUCUUAAGUGUGAUUUGACAUUAAAUGGAUCUAGUAGUGGAAAGCUUCAUUUUACUGCUGAUUUUUAUUCCUUAACAACUCCAAUUUCUAAAAAUACCAUCACUAUCAAUCAUUUAUAUCUUUUGAUAACUUAUCAACGUCAAGAUGGUUGUUUUGAAUUAACAGAUGAUGUGGCAAACUUAUUUAAUUUUCCUUCCAAAGAUGAUCUGAUAAAAUCAUUUGUCGCUUAUGCACAUAAUAAUGAAGUAGCAAAAGAACUUCAUGUCGAUGUUUGGAGUUCGGCACUAAUUACUGCAUUCCUUAAUGCUUUAUUAUGGACUCAUGAACGAGAGUGGAGGACAGUUUACGCAAAAACUGAAACUUACUUAAGCGAAACUGUCACCGAUCUUGAAACUAAAGAACGAUUAUAUAGCUUGGCUAAUAAUUUUGUCAUUGAUCACUUUAAGGUCUCUGAAUGGGAAAAUGAAGAUCAAAAGAGGAGUCUCGGUAUCAGUGUCGUAUCAAAGAAAAUAAUUAUCACUCGUCGUACUGUUACCGUACGUCACGUACGUCGUUAUAUGAGCUAUCAAAAAGACACGGGAUGUUUCGAACUUACCAGUU